CUUCCUCCAUAAGAGCCUUGGAGGUGCCACAUACUGGAGUGUUUGUGGUAGGCUAAUCAUUAAGGAUAAUAAAAAAGGCAGGUUAUAUCACCCCAGAGCCACUUAAAUCACCUUCAAGCUCUCCAUUGAGUUCUGGCCCAAACGAGCAGCCGUGGCGAGUAAGAAGGACAGCAUGGACCAGCAGGAGCAGGAGCCCAGCAGACCGACAUGGAGCCGGCAGAUAGAGUUCACCCUGGCAGGAAUCGGCUGUGCAGUGGGUCUGGGGAACGUUUGGAGGUUCCCCUAUCUCUGCUACAGGAGUGGAGGAGGUGCCUUUCUGGUGCCCUAUCUGUUCAUGCUGGCGGUGUUGGGGAUCCCUCUGCUCUACAUGGAGCUGACUGUGGGCCAGUAUACCAGGAGAGGCCCUGUUCAUGCCCUGGCCACUGUUUGCCCACUAUUAAAAGGGGUUGGCAUGGCAUCUGUGGCCAUCUCCUUCAUCAUGUGCACCUACUACAACGUGGUGAUCACCUGGGCCUUGUAUUACCUCUUUAGCUCCUUCCAGGCGCCUCUUCCAUGGCAGAGCUGCAACAACACCUGGAACACCCCCAACUGCACAGACCAGGCCACCAACAGCAGCUACUCGUCCACAGCCAGCCAAGAGUUCUUCAAUUAUAGGAUGCUCGACCAGACUAGUGGAGUAGAGGAAGCAGGAACGCUGCGCUGGGAGCUUUUCCUUAUCCUCAUCCUGGCUUGGAUCCUCAUCUAUCUUUGCAUCUUUAAAGGGGUGAAGUCAACAGGCAAGGUGGUGUACUUCACCGCUCUGUUCCCCUAUGUCAUCCUCAUUGCCCUGCUGAUCAAUAACGUGCAGCUUCCAGGUGCAUCGGAUGGGAUAGCUUUCUUCAUCGUGCCUGAGUGGGAAAAACUGCGCUCUGUAGAGGUGUGGGUGAACGCUGCGGCUCAAAUCUUCAACUCCAUUGGGAUUGGCUUUGGCUCCCUGCUGGCCAUGUCCAGCUACAACUCCUUCAACAACAACGUGCUGAAGGACACACUGUUCAUAUCCAUCACCAACUCCCUGACCAGCAUCCUGGCAGGAUUCGUCAUUUUCUCUGCCUUCGGGUAUAUGUCUUAUCUGCAGGGUAUUCCUGUCAGCCAGCUGGCAGUGGAUGGUCCAGGAUUAGUUUACGUGGUUUACCCACAAGCCUUUGCCAACAUGCCGGUGUCUCAGCUCUGGGCGGUUCUGUUUUUCUUCAUGCUGCUGUGCCUGGGCCUGGACAGUGAGUUUGCGAUGGUAGAGGUGAUGGUGACCAGUUUCAUGGAUGAAUUCUACCACCAAGUGCUGAGGAUUUUCAAGAGGAAGGAGUUUUUCGUUCUUGUACUCUGCGGUGUGGCCCUUCUGUUAGGGAUCCCAUGUGUCAUGCAGGUAGGAAUCUAUGUCUUCCAGCUGAUGGACCAUUACACUGCCAUUGUGUCCAUCAUGUUCCUUGCUUUUUUUGAGAUUAUAGCCAUCUGCUGGAGCUACGGUGUAAAGAGACUCUCAAGCAACCUGGAAGAGAUGACAGGAGGACGACCAAACAUCUUCUUCAGGUUGUGCUGGCUCAUAGUUGAUCCCGUGCUCAUCACAGUCAUCCUGAUCUUCUCCAUCAUCCAGUUCAAGCCGGCUCGCUAUGGGAACUACGUCUUCCCUCCCUGGGCUCAGGGUGUGGGCUGGAUCAUCGCCCUGGCCUCCAUCAUCUGGAUACCUUUAGGGGCCAUUCACACUUUGUGGGUGCUACCUGGCUCGCUAACAGAGAAACUGAAGCUGUCGAUCACACCGUAUGCUCUGAAUAAGACUAAAGGUCUGUAUAAUGAGAGGGGAGGAGGAAACAGAGAACCGUCCAUCUCCAUCAUCAGCUCCAGCACUGACCCCCAGAAAUCUCCCCUGGAGACAAACUUCUGACCAGCUUGGUGUUUUGCUCAAAAUGCUCCUCCACCUCCUGGCAUGAGAUAAACUCCAGCUAAUCAUUAAUCCAUGUCUUCUCUGUAAAUAAAACGGAAGCAUUUUACAACCAUUAGAACCAUGAUCGGAUGAAUUUGUUUAUUCUUAUUCAGCUUCUGCUGCAUGAAAGCUACCAGUUAUUUUAACCUAAUAAUUAAAUAUUUUUCUUUUAAUUUAGUUUAUUUUCCUUUCAUGCUAUUUACCAUACCUGCACCACUGCAAACCUAUAAGCGGGAGAAGAUGGAUGGAUGGUGUGUUUACCAUCACACACCCAUAGAACUGGCCUUAUUUAUUGACUUUACUUUGCACGUGUGCACCAUCUUCUGGUCAAAUCUGCUCAACACAGUAAAGCAGCAGUUUAUUUUAGCACUGUUGAACAUUUACAAGCCAGGGUAGAACUGUCAUGAUCUUGUUGCUGCUGACUCAUCUAUUAGGUCAAAUACAACGGGGAACUGCAGAUUAAACCUACUGGUCAUGCGACUCUCAUGUAAGACAUAAUGAAAAAUAAAUUUGAAAAAACUUGUGACCAAA